ACCACCCUUACGCCCCAGGGUCAUAACAAAUCCAGAGACAUGUUUGAGUAUAAGAAGGUGUCGGGUUUGCCUUUCUAUUUAUUAAAUUCGCUCUUCCCCAGGUCUACAUACUUAAAUUACCUGACCACUCGUCAACGUGACCUCGCACCGAGAUUUUCCACUUCAGUUACUUGAACUGAAGUACAAUGCAGUUGACAACUCAAGAUUUGCUUGAUCGUCAUGAGGCAAGCCUCUGCGACCACAAGUCCUUGCCCCUUUUUUCCGAAUUGGCAGAUGUUGGAGUUUUCCCCCGAAUAUUCAUAAUUUCAUGCGUUGACCCUCGAUGCGUACCGGAAAACAUUUUCGGGAUUCGGCCUGGAGAAGUAGACGCGGUUGUUUUUCGAGUCGCGGGUGGAAAUUCUCAAUUUGCCUUGAAUUCUCUGCUUGCUGUGGACACUCUUGCCGGGCUCAUGGAAUGCAUUAUCAUCCAGCAUACCGACUGUGGCGCCACUAUGUUUCGUGACGCCAAUAUCAAGGACGAACUGAAAAAGCGGGCUCCAGAUAUGGGACUGGAAAUCGAGAGCUUAGAAUUUGGCCAGAUUACAGGAACACUGGAGGAAAAUGUGAAGAAAAGCAUGGAUUUCUUGCGCAUGUCACCUCUAGUUCGCCCGGCGCUCAAAUCAAAAAUUCGAGGAUUCGUGUAUGACAUUAUAACUGGCAAGCUUAAGGAGGUUUUAGCAUGAGCCAACCGUUGAAGUGAAAAUUGGAGGGGUGCAUUUCCGG